AUAUAUCGACAAUGUAACAUCUCUAAUACGGACGAAAAAUUCCAAUAUUGUUGCUGUAAUUGGAUUAAACCAAAGAGAAAAUGCUGUAAUUGGGUGAAAAGGAAGCGUUACUCCUACACAACACACACGGAAACAGAGAGCCCGCAGCCCAGAAGAGAACUCUCCAGCAGCGACAAUUGUCCAAGGGGAUGGCCAAUCGCAAUAUGCGAAGCAACACGACCAAAGUCGAAGCCCUGAUCGAGAGCUGUCGCAGCGAGGGCAAAUGGCAGCGCGUCAUCGAUCUGACGGACGAGCUGAAAACAGGCUCGCCCCACAAUGAAUGCCUGGCCAACUUUUUGGUGGGUGAGGCACGUCUGGAGAGCUACCUGGAGGAGAAUGCCUUGGUUGCCGAGUCCAACUUUGGCCGCGCCAAGACGGGCCUGUCCGAGGCGAGACGCUACUUGAAUCUGGCACUUGGAGAGAGUGGCCAAAAGGCGGGCAUUGCCUUGGAUGCAUACCUGCUGCUGGCCAAACUUAGCUUCGCUUGCGGCGAGUACGAGCCGAGUCUGGAGAACUUUGUCAAGGCAGAGCUCAACACGCUGGCCGAGAAGGAGCUGACAUUACGCAGCCUCAAGAUUCUGGCCGAGUCGUAUGCCAUCAAAGGCCUGUGCCUGGAGCAGCAGACAGCCAAGCCCUCGUCCAAGUUCAAGAAGGCCGAAAAGGACACGGAAAUGAUAAGCUGCUUUGAGCGCGCCUCGGACUUGGGUCUGCUGUAUCUGCAGGAGUACGACAUUGUGAGUGGCAGCAGCAGCUCGAACAACUCCACGGCCGGCUCCACGCUCAAUGUGAACGCCAGUGUGCAGCAGUCGAACAGCAGCUUUGCCAUCAGCAGCACCAUUCCCGCCAGCGGUGCGGCAACCCACGAGGUUAAUCGCCGCAUGGGCGCCAUUCUGGAGACGGCGCUGCAACGUGCGCCCAUCGUGCUGAUCAAGACGGGCAAGCUGCAGGAGGCUGUGGAGCGGUAUCGCAUUAUGCUCAAUGCCAUUGAGACGAGGGCCACGCAAUCGUUGCGUCUAACGCUAACCCGCCAGCUGGCUGAGGUUUUGCUGCGCGGUGUUUCGGGCACCAUUUACGCUCCGCCGUUUACCAGCAAGUCGGGCGGCAGUACGCUGCGCGGUGGCGCCUCCAAGAAGCUGUGGAAGCCGCGCAAGUACCAAGCCCGUCAGCAGUUUUCGCCGCGCAACCAGCAGGAGGAAGUGAUCCUGCUGCUGCUCAUCGCCGAAGCGCUGGCCGUGCGCGACACUGUGCUGUCGCAGAGUCCCGAAUUCAAGCAGGCACGCCAGCACGCCAUGGGCAAUGUGACGGCCGUCUACGAUCUGCUAACCCUGGCCACAGUACGCUGGGGUCUCGUCCAGCUGCUCAACGAGUCCUUCGAGAAGGCGCUCAAGUUCAGCUUCGGCGAGCAGCACGUCUGGCGGCAGUACGGCCUCAGUCUGAUGGGCGCCGAGAAGCAUGCGCAUGCGCUGCGUGUGCUCCAAGAGUCGAUUAAGCUAACGCCCAGCGAUCCGCUGCCCUGCCUGCUAGCCUCUCGACUGUGCUACGAGAGCCUGGAGACGGUCAAACAGGGACUGGACUACGCCCAACAGGCGCUCAAGCGGGAGCACAAGGGUUUGCGUCCCUCGCGUAGCCAACUGUUUGUGGGCAUUGGACAGCAGCAGCUGGCGAUUCAAUCGAAUCUGCGCAGCGAUCGCGAUGCCUGCCACAAGCUGGCGCUGGAGGCACUCGAGCGGGCUGUGCAGAACGAUGGCAACGAUCAUUUGGCGGAGUACUAUCUGUCCCUGCAGUAUGCUCUGCUCAAUCAGCUGCCCGAGGCACUGGCCCACAUACGCUUUGCGCUGGCGCUGCGCAUGGAGCAUGCCCCGUGUCUGCAUCUGUUUGCCCUGCUGCUGACUGCAUCGCGACGUCCGCGUGAGGCUUUGGGCGUGGUGGAGGAUGCGCUGCACGAGUUCCCGGACAAUCUGCAGCUGCUGCAUGUCAAGGCACACCUGCAGCUGCAUCUGGAGGAUGCGGAGACGGCGCUGGCCACCGUGCAGCACAUGCUGGCCGUCUGGCGUGAGGUGUACGAGGCGCAACUAGCCGGCGAAGAGGAGAAGCAUUCGGACACGAAGAGUGGCGUGCACAUGGUGCACUCAUCCCAAAUGUCCGACAAGGAUUCAAAUUCCGUGUAUGCGGCAUCGCUGGCUGCAGUUUCGCGCGUGGAGCAGGCUUUGAGCGAGGCGGCCAGCUCGUUGAGUUCGUUCACGCAGCGCCCGGGACCACGCCGGCCAUGGAUGCUGCAGAUUGAGAUUUGGCUGCUGCUGGCGGAUGUCUAUCUGCGCAUUGAACAGCCCAAUGAGGCGCUCAACUGCAUACAUGAGGCCUCGCAGAUCUAUCCGCUCUCGCAUCAAAUUAUGUAUAUGCGCGGUCAGGUGCAUGUCUACCUGGAGCAGUGGCGUGAUGCCAAGCAAUGUUACCUCAAUGCUGUGGCCGCCAAUCCCAAUCACACGGAGGCACUGCGUGCCCUCGGCGAGACCCACUUGAUCUUGGGCGAGCCACGGCUGGCCGAAAAGAUGCUCAAAGAUGCAGCCAAACUGGAUCCCAAUUGUCCACGUAUUUGGUUUGCUUUGGGCAAGGUUAUGGAAUCGUUGGGCGAUUUCUAUGCCGCAGCGGACUGUUUUGCCACAUCGCUGCAGCUGGAGCCAUCGUGCCCGGUGCUGCCAUUUACCUCCAUUCCACUGGUCUUUGAGUAGAGCCACUGGCAACCUCUGGUACUUCCCCUUCGUUUCGUUUUGUAGAAGACUCAACCUCGACUAACCUCAAAAAGUGAACAGCAAUAUUAAUUACUUAAAAGUCUCUAUAUAAGCCCCCCC